AUAAUAAAUUUCCAGAAAAGAAAAUUUCCUUACUAAGUGAACUGGAUCCUUUCUUCCUCUUAACUUCAAAUUCCAAACUUCGACGGAAAAAAAAAAACUUCAAAUUCCAAUAGAAUUUCAAUUUCUUCGCACCUUGACAUUUUGAAGAGAGAGAAACUGUAGAAAUGGGGAUGGGUGCUAAUGCGCGCAGGGAGGUGGUACUGCAAUUGCUGUUAACGCUGUGCAUUUGGGGAAAUGUUCGAGUGAGUGAGGGCAUAUGGUUAACUCUGCCGGAAUCGGGGACAAAGUGCGUUUCCGAGGAUAUCCACACCAAUGUUGUCGUAUUAGCCGAUUAUGUUGUCGUCUCCGAGGACAACUCUCACCUUCCCACCAUCUCUAUCAAGGUCUCCUCACCAUAUGGGAACACUCUUCAUCAGAAGGAAAAUGCGACGCAUGGUCAGUUUGCAUUCACCACUGAAGAGGCUGGCAACCAUCUGGCAUGUUUCUGGGUGAAUGACCAGAAUGAAGGAGGUGGAGUUGUAAGUGUCAACCUUGAUUGGAAAACUGGAAUUGCAGCUAGGGAUUGGGAAUCAGUUGCAAGAAAAGAAAAGAUUGAGGGUGUUGAACUUGAGCUGAGAAAACUUGAAGGAGCUGUGGAGGCCAUCCAUGAGAAUCUACUCUAUCUCAAAAGCAGAGAAGCAGAGUUGAGGGCUGUAAGUGAGACAACAAAUGCAAGAGUAGCAUGGUUUAGUAUCAUGUCCUUGGGUCUGUGCAUUGUGGUCUCAAUUUUGCAGUUGUGGCAUUUAAAGCGUUUCUUCCAAAAAAAGAAGCUUAUCUAGAUAUUUCCAAUCAAAUAGGAAGAUUCCAAAAUCGUUUAUGUUCCUUGUAUUUUCUUUUUCUUUGUAUGUUUCAGAAGAAAAUUUUUGAUAUCAUGAAUAGAGAAUGUUUUGUUCUCAUGGAAAGUGAAGCUUUUGUUUUUCAUCUUUAA